GUUUAUCGUUUGCUUUCUGUUAAUUGGUGGGGACCUGGCUCGUGAUUCACUUACACGAGCAGCAUUUCCUUUUGAAUUAUCAUGUUCUACAGCAUUUUGAAUUUCAAUCUGUUAUUCUUUUCUUUCUUAAUGCUGCAAUGUCGGACAUGAAAGAAAAUCUACCUUCCUGUGGAUCCAAUUUCAUGAUGUUACCUGAGUAUUUACAUUCCCUGUUUAUAAGAUAUAUAAAAAAUGGAAGAGUCCGAGCUCCACCUGAGCAAGAACUUGGAGAACUAAUUCAAACAUUUCAGCAGGGAGCUAAAACAGAUCGACGAGCACUUCAAAGUAAAUUCAAAAGUUGGGCCAGGCGAAUGGACGUUGAAAAUGAAAAUUUAAAAUUAUCAAGUACAGGAAAAAUAAUUAUUCCGAAGGAGAAGUGUGAUAAUUUAGUAAUAAGCAUACAUUCAGAAAAACACAUCGCUGUCGAUAAAGUAAUUCACAAGAUUCAAGAAAAGUAUACAUGGACUCGAAAAAACUUUGGAAUGGAUCGAGAAAUAGUGAUCGACACGAUUUCAAAUAAAUGCGCAAAUGAAGAAUGUCGCAAAAAGCUUGGAAUUUCUGCAAGGACGAGUUUCUAUCAGCGACCCUCUUAUCCGAUGCCACAUCCUAUAUUAUUUGGAGCACCUCCAUUUUACAAUUGGCAAUCGCCUUUUGUUCUCAAAACGUUGUUUUCUUCGAACAUGAAUGAUUUUCAAUCACCUUUUUAUACUGAAAAAUGUUUGCCAAUGGAAAAGCAUUAUAGUAUGCUUAAUUUUAUGGAUCCUUUACAGAAGAAUGCGCCAAUUUUUCAGCAAACUGGUCUGCAAUAUACUUUUCCCAAUAUGAAUGAAACAUCUUUCAGAAAUCAAACUAAUUUGAUCAAAACGCCUUCAACAAGUACACCAAAUCAAAAUGAGCCAGUAUUUACUCGUCCUUUCUCGAAAUAUUGUGGUAUCAAGAAACCAAAAUCAAUACAUGAAUAUAAUGCUUUAAUGAAAGCUUCAGAACGCUAUCCGGAAGCAUAUCCAUCUAUUUUAAAGCAUCAAAAAACGAAAUUUCUCGCAGCAUUUGGUUUGGUCCCUAAAGGACUCUGCAGUUCAAAAACGUUACGAAAAUUUCGCAGGGAAUGUAAAAGGCGACGAAUCGUUGAAGAACGCUGCGUUCGUUUCUUGGAACAUAAAACAUUACGCGACCGCAACAAACUAAACAAAAGAAGCUUCCAUGAGCCUCACAGAAACUCAGCUUGCUAUUUGAAAGCAGGCGGAUAUUCUAAAACGCCCUUGCGUAGUAUGAGUAUAUUGGCGUCUAAGCGAGUAAAGCAAAAUUGUUUGGAGCGUUUUAAUAAUUCUGAGGGAGUUAAAAGAAUUUCGGCUAGAAAUUUUGGAGGCGAGAUCAAGCGCAAAAUCAACUUUAUUAAAGAGCGAUCACCAGAAGUUAUUGAUAUUGCUUCAGGAGAUGAAGAAGAGAAACAAAAGAAAUCAUGUCAAAGUGAAUUGAGAACAGAAAGUGAUUGGAAAGGAAAUCAAGAACAAAAAAGUGUUCAGUCACCUAACUGUAGCUCAAAUCAGGAGGAGUUAAGUUACCCCUUUUCCGAGACUUUACCUCUGCAUGGGAAGGUAUCCAUGGGAAAUUUUAAAAAUCAAGCUAAUAGUAAUUAUCAAAAUUCAGUUGAAGAUAGCAACGUUUUACAAUCGGAAAGAAGUUCCAUGCUCAAAGGAAGAGAUUUCCAGCAAUAUCCACUACAACCAUAUCUCGUUUCUAUUAGUGACUCAGAAAAUAUAGCUGCAAUGUCACCCACGAAUCAAGGGCAAAAUAAAAUUAUACCAGAGACUGCAAAAAGUGUCUCUUUCAACAAUUACCACCCGCAUAAAGAAAAUCUUCUCUCCAAACCAGCUCAUAACUUACCUGUACCUAGGCAGUUCAUUCCAAUAAUUUUAAAGCAUGAUAAAAGCAUUCCCGUAUCCAAUCAAAAAGAUACUUCAAGUGUAGCUCACCCUUAUCCAAUAAGGCAAUCACCAUCGGAAACGAAAAUGCUUUUAGUGGACAGAUUGCCGAAAGGCGCCAUAGUGAUUUUUCCCUCAUAUGGCCAACAAAUAUUACCAAAAGGCUUAAAUGUUAGCAAAGUAUCACCAGCAUAUCGGCCAAUAGCUCCAAGGCAAACGAUUUCUCAGAUUAUUACUACACCUUCAAACAUUACUCCUGAAAGUGAAUCACUAAAUAAGGAUAAAGAGGAAGUUGAAAAUAAAGAGAAGAAAGGAAACGGAAAUUUUCAAAGAAAAACCGAAUUUAGUGGCGUUAAACAGAAAGACAACAUUGAUGAAGAAAUGAGAAAACUUUUGAGCUGGAUACGUGCAAUGAAACUGAAUAUGCAGCCACAGAUGUUUAAUCGUGGUGUAGAAAAAGCUUCGCAAAGAUUAGCGUCACAAAUAAACUUUGGAAUUUCUUUAAUUAGAGAAGUAAGAAGAGCACUUCUGAAAAUAGAAAAAUAUGAAUAUGUUCGACUUGUUGACGAGAUGCGAUGAUUUAUUAAUGAAUAUACUGUUUGCAGCUGAUAGUUUAAAAGUGGAAAGACGCAACAAAACACUUACUCCGUUCAUAUCAAGCAUGCAUUCUGAAUACUUUCCAUUUCUGUUGUUAAAAAAUGUAAAAAAAGCAAGGAUUUUUAAAUUUCAUUUGUGCAAAGAAAAAAAAAACUUUUUCACAUUUUUUAUUUUGAUAAAACUGAUAUCAAAAGAUGUUUCGACUUUCGAACUUAAGGAAAUAUAUUUGUAAGAAGCAUUUCCUUUAUAUAAUCUAUAGUGAUAAGAUUAAAAAUAUGCAAAGCUUUUAUAACAAUUUUAAUAAAAUUAUUU